AAUUGUUGAGCGGUUAUGGUCGAAAAGGAGGAGAUAGCAUCUUUUGCUCAAAGGAAGUGUCAGCUACUACCAAGUGCACUUAAACUCUGCAAUAAGGAUCUUGUACCGGAGAUUUUGUUCAGCACUUGCUUUCCUGGAUCUGAAAUACCUUCAUGGUUUUGUCACGAAGCUAUUGGAUCUAAGGUGCAGUUCGAAUCUCCCCAGCAUUGGAACUACAAUAAGCUCUCUGGGAUAGCCCUGUGUGCCGUGGUCUCAUUCCAAAGCUGCCAGGAACAAACAAGAACAGGACAAGAGCACACCAACUACUUGUCAGCGAAAUUUACUUGUAAAGGCAUGACAGGAGAGGAGCCUUGCACCGAAGUUAUUUGGAAAGUUGGAAGCUGGAGUGAGCAGGACGCAAUCGGGUCAGAUCAUGUUUUUAUUGGCUACACCAACUGCGUGCACCUCGUAAAACAUCUUGAAGACAAGCAUUCUACCCAAUGUGCUCCUGUUAUGGCGUUCCUAGAGUUCAGCGUGAACGAUGAAAAAACUAGUGGGGAAGCUAGGUUUGAGGUGUUGAGAUCCGGUCUCAGUUUUGUGUUUGAACCUGAUGAGAACAGAAAUCCAUUCCUGCAGGAUGCAAACUCUGUUGCAUGUCCAAUGGAUAGCGACAUCUCAUGUGAAGUAACAUCCAUUACCGAUUCUUGUCUCACGGAUCAAUCCAACGGUGUGGUGAAUCACCAAAAGGCGAAUGGCAGACCAAUUGAAGCUCUUACUUUCACUACACUUCAGCAGAUUUAGCCAAAUGUUUUUGUAGCUCCAAGAAGGCAUAUCUGCCAAGUUUUGAAAUUGUACCUUAUAAAUUCUUCAGUAUUCAGAUUAAUUUGGUUAUCACAAAAAGUUUUCUAACCAAGAAUAUGAUCAAGAACAGCUCAUGUAAUCACCAUCAAACUCUUAUCUAUACAAAACCAUUCCCAUUUUUCAUUUUA